AUGAGUGAUGUGUGCAGUGCUAUGAGAUUUUACUAUGACGAGAUGAUGGGGAAUGAUGUCGCACCAAAUCACUAUACGUUUCCCAUUGUAGUGAAAGGGUUUGUGGCGAUUGGGCCUGUGUUGGAUUUGGUUGGCUGGAAUUCCAUGAUUGAUGGUCAUGUGAAGAAUAGGGAAGUGGAUGUUGCUCGCGAACUUUUCGAUGAAAUGAUUGAAAGGGACGUCUUCAUUUCAUGGAAUACCUUGUUGGCUCUUUAUGUACAUGUUAAAGGUUAUACAAAGCGUUUAAGUCUGUUUGAUAGUAUGCUACAAGAGGAAGAGAUUAAACCCAAUAGGGUUACUCUUGUGAGUGUUUUCACAACAUGUGCCAAUACAUGGGACCUCAAUAAAGGCCACUUAGUUUAUUCUUACAUGAAGGAUAAUGACAUUGAAGUCAACGUGCUGCUUUCGACUGCGCUAUUGACAAUGUAUGCAAAAUGUGGCACUAUGGAUUUAGCCAGGAAAGUGUUUGAUCAGAUGCCUAAUAGAAGUGUUGUCUCGUGGAAUGCUAUGAUCAUGGGCAUGGCGAGAAAGCCCUGGAAAUGUUGGUGGUGUUUCAACCUGAUGUCUCGGGUUUACAAUAUCCAACCUAAGGUGAAGCACUAUGGUUGCAUGGUCAAUCUUCUUGCUCGAGCUGGGCUGGUGAUGGAUUCAGGAGAGUUGUUUAAAGAAGUACCUAUAGUGGCAGGAUCUUCACUAUGGGGUGCUCUGCUUUCUGCCCGUAGGACCCAUUCUCACAUGGAACUAAGAGAGAUGGUGGCCGAGCAUUUGAUUGAGUUCGAACCAACAGAUGUUGAGCCCUAUGUACUAUUGUCAAACAUGUAUGCAGCCAAAGGUAGUUGGGAUGCAGUCGAGAAUGUCAAGAUAAUGAUGAAGGCAAAGGGUUCGCAAAAGGAAGUCAGGUCCCGCCUCAUUGAACUUGGAGGCAUUGAAUCUACAGAGUCCGCAAAAGAUGGCAUGCACCAUCAGAGAAUUAUGAUUUACUCGAUGUUGAGUGAGAUUGGUUCACAAACAAAAGUGUCCUGUAGAGACUCUACAGCAGUAGAGGAUCCAGAAUAG